AACACAAAAUAACGUGCGCGAUCCAUCCAUGCCAGUGUUUACCGUGAGAUAUUCCUCGUUUGGUGGAGAUAUUUCGUUGUUUUCAACGCUUCGGUAUUAAAAUCCAAGUUUUGAAUCUGUCGAGAAGACACGAUAAAAAUGUCCGGUUUGGAGAUAAUCGUCGGCACGUACGAGGAGUAUACCGUCGGCUACAAGGUGGAACCACUAAAAACGGAUCCCUCCAGUCUGUAUUUGAAGGAAAUUUUCUCCACCCAUAGUCACACAUCUUCAAUUCGGGUGCUGGCCAGCCACGACAAAUUUCUUGCCUCGGGAGGAGCGGACGAUCGAAUCUGUAUUUUCGAUCUAGAAUCGGGCACCCUGAAGGACGAACUGCUGCAUCACAACGGAACCGUCAAUUGUCUAACCUUCGUUCCGGACGGAAGCUACCUGUUCAGUUGCAGUUUCGAUGGAUCCGUUUCGGCGAUCAAUAUGAAAAAGCUGGCAAUUGAUAAGACGUGGAAAAAUGCCCACAAAGCACCAGUGCUGUGUAUUAGCGUUCAUCCCAGUGGCAACCUAAUGCUUACCCUCGGGGCGGAUAUGAGUUUGCGAACGUGGGAUCUGGUCAAGGGAAGGAUGAUCUACACUCGGGGUCUACGUAACGAUCCCAAGUACAAGGGUGGACUAAGCUGGGUGGAAUGGGGUCCGGAUGGAAGCUUUUUUGCGCUUAUGGGCGCCCAUUCUAUAGAUGUGAUUUCGUUAGAAACAACCAAAUCCGUUCGCACCGUGCAGUGUCCCUGUCGGCCGGUAACAUUCUGCUGGAUUUCCGAAACCGAAAUUGCCGUAGGAUUGGACGAUGGUCACUUGCUGAUGUUUAAUGUUAACGAGGAGGGAGAACCGGAGAAGAUUAAGGCGUACGAAACGCGCCUCAAGGCAAUGCAAUUUGCCGCGGGUCAUCUGGCGACCGCUUCGAGCGGUGGCGAUAUAAGUUUGUGGAAAAUCGAGAACAAUGAACUUCGCGAGGUUUGCACUACCAAUCUAGGCUGCAGACCGACCUGUCUCGUGCUGGUGGAAGCGGAUCGACUCGGGCUACACAAGUAUCUGGCCACACAGGAGGAUAGCAAGGAGGAAUUGAAACAACAGUUGAAAAGAAUUCGUUCGAUCGGGAAGGUUAUUGUGGAGCGCGAAGACGAGCUGCAAGAGUCCGAUGAGGAAGGUGGAAAAAGUUCGAAAAAGAGUAAACGACAAUCGAGGCAGAAUGGGAAGGAGCAGAUCACCUCUCCGGUGUUGAAGAAGAAAAAGAAAAUAAAGGAGCAACUCUCCGGUUUACCGGUUGUAGCGUCGCUAACAGAGUCAAACAAGGAAAGACAUAACCAAAGCACUUCGGGGAUCUGGGAGGAAGAGGAUAUACAGGAAAUAAAAGAAUCAGUAGAAGAAACACCGAGUAGAGAAAAGCUUAAGAAAAAAAAAUCUAACAUGCAGGUGCAAAUAUUGUAAACAGUAAAGUGUUUCAAGUGUUAAAGUAACGAAUAAAAAGACUAGAUUAGAGGCGAAUGAA